ACACGUCUAUUCCUGUGAACCUUACUGCCCUUAUAUUAAACCAUACCAUAUAUCCCCACAAUACUACUUCCUAAUCAUAUACCAUGCCAGAUAUCGAAGAUGACAAUCAAGAUCAAAACAACCAAGUUGCAUUGAAGAUAGGAUUAAUAGGAGAUUCACAGAUAGGUAAGACCUCACUAAUGGUUAAAUACGUAGAAGGAUCAUUUGAUGAAGACUACAUUCAAACAUUGGGAGUCAAUUUCAUGGAUAAGAAGAUCCAGAUUCGCAAUACUACAAUAACGUUCUCGAUUUGGGAUCUAGGUGGACAAAAAGAGUUUAUAAACAUGCUACCUUUAGUUUCCAAUGACGCCGUGGCUAUAUUGUUCAUGUUUGAUUUAACUAGGAAGUCAACGUUGAACUCGAUCAAAGAGUGGUAUAGACAAGCUAGAGGAUUUAAUAAAACAGCGAUUCCAUUCUUGGUAGGGACAAAAUACGACCAAUUUAUAGAUUUGAGUUUCCAAGAUCAGUUAGAAAUAACCCAACAAGCCAAGAAGUUCGGUAGUGCCAUGAAAGCACCAGUGGUAUUCUGUUCCACCAGCCAUUCCAUCAAUGUUCAAAAGAUAUUCAAGAUUAUCUUGUCCAAGGCGUUUGAUUUGAAGUUGAACCUAGACGAAAUUACAAAUGUCGGCGAACCAAUUCUCAUAUUUAAGUAAAGGCCAAUUGCUUCUACAUCUUUAAAUUUCAAUUCUUCUUUCUUUAGUUAGACAAAGCUUACAAUAAUAUAAUGGUACGACUGA